AUGUCUCAGUCCAACCAGGAGAUCCGUGAGUUCAUCGCAAGCAUUUUCAACCCUCGGACACUGACAUAUAGAGAUGUAGCGAAUGGCCUUGAUCAAGACUUGAACCCAAUCCUGGAGGACGAUGGCCGGCUUGAACCCCGCCCGGAUGAGAAGGACAUCAGAGCCUGCGAACCUCUCCGUAAUGUCGACUGGCAGGGAGAGGCCCAGGAGAUGGUGUCCUACAACAAUCGCAUGGCUGCACAUGGCCAGCGUUGCGGUGUUGUUGCUCCUCCAGGAAAGGAGUGCAGAAACUGCAAACAGGGAAAGGGGGUUUUCAGCACCUGUGUCGUCAAUUUUGCAGGUAACAAGGUCCAGUCCGGGGGUGCUUGCAUGAACUGUGUGUUCAACGACAGAGCACAUCGUUGUUCGCUCCGCGAGCGCAGUUCAAACCGAAAGUUCACCGGGAAGUUCACGGAGGACUGGGUCACGGCAUAUGUUGCGAGCAAGGCCCCCGCCAACAAUGCGACGGCUGACGAACAGAAUGAGAAUGAGGACGAGGACGAGGACGAGGAUAUGAAUGAUGAGGAUGCGAUUGGCCAGAGUAGUGGCUCGACAGUCACCCAAGACCCGUUGGCCCAAUACUACUUAGAUUUUCCAUGGCCACGUACGGGGGAUGGCGGCCCCGGGUGGAAUCCUCAGCAUUUCGGGUCUAUGCUAGAGCCAUACUGGCCAGAAGAUGCAGCCGCUGCCAUGCAGGCUUACCAUACCCUGGGACAGAUCCGCAGACGGGCACGUUGGGAGCAAGAGCGCCUCAAUGCCAUUUUUCACAUCGGAAUGCCUCCAUCUGGGGUAUGA